AUAAAAUUGUUUGGUUAUUUUGAAUGAAAACAAAAAUGUAUUUUCAAAGUGUUUUUCAAAUAAUGAUAUUUUUCGUUUAAUUUAAUUACCUUUACACACAAUUCGAAGAAUUACAGAUUGACUACAAUUUAUGAAUAAAUUUUCUAUUUGAAAUAUGGAAGUCAAUCCACUUAGUAUAAUUUUAGUAAAAUCAGAUAGUAAAGGAGAUAGAUUGUUGUUUAGAUAUCCUUUCCAAGUGAAACAAAAAAAUGAUCAUUCAGGAUCAAACAGAAAAAAUCCAUAUACCCUGAAUGUAGUUGAAGAUUUGUUGCAACCACCUCAAUCUUCAUCUAAUAUUAAUAAAGAAAAUCUCAUCGGUUUUGGCGAUGAAGUUUUAUCUUCAUUAUUUGCUGUUAAAAUGGAGCUUUACAAUAAAAAAUUUGAACUCAAAGUUAAUGAUGUCAGAUUUGUUAGUCAUCCAACUCAACUUCAGUUGAGGAAUAAAUUAAAAGAUGGGUCAGCUCAUAUGCUGAUCAAUAUCGUUUUUGCAUUGCAGGCAGUAGCUAGUCAGUCAGUUGUAAAAUGUUAUCAUGAUAUUAGUCAGAGGAUGGGCAUUGCUCUAAGACAUGAAGAGAGGAGGCGUGGAUAUGUUAGUGAUCAAACUCAACUUAUGACUUCUACUCAUGAUGAUGGAUUACAGAAUAGUCAAGAAGCAUUUGGUAUCAUUUUAGAAACUAGUAGCUUAGCCAAAAAUAUCAAAAAAAUGUAUGAGGAUCUUUGUGGCAAUGGUCUCAUAGAUAUUAGAAUAAAUGGCUGGAUUCCUCUGAGUUUCUGUCUACCUCAUAAAGCCCAUCAGAGCCAUUUAGGAGGAAAAAUAAUAGAACCUGAAGAUAUUAAUAGGUGUCUAAAUGCAUUAAGACCUUAUCAUAGUUUGUUAUUAUUGUAUCCAUUAACAGAAUUGAAUAAUUUCUGCACUCUGGAUGGAUCACCAACUCUUAAGCGAUUAUUAUCUCAGUAUUCUCCACUUAAGAACUUGCAAACUUUAGCACUUGAUUGUGAUCUUACCCUGACCCAUGUAUUCGAGUUGACUGCUCAUUUAGUGUAUUGGGCUAAAGCAACGGUAAUUUUCCCAAUUUGUUCAACUAAUAAGUACGUAAUAUCCCCUGAUCCACGGCUUCAUAGAAGUUCUCCUUUGAUGGAUAAAUUCAGUGAAGCAUUUCCUGGACAUGAUCUCUUGAAAGUUAUAAGUGAUUAUUCGUUACCAACUUCAUUGGGGCAGAAGUGUAAUCCCUUAUUUCAUCCAUCUCAGCAAAGCCAUUUGGUGCAAACUAUUAUUUGGAUGCUACAACAUCAUCUUCUUUUACAAUUGCAUACCUAUGUACAGUAUAUGCCUUUGGAUAAUAUGAUGAGGCCUUCAAAAAAUGGUUCAUCAAAGCAUAGAACUCCUAAUACACCACCUCCCCGAGGUGGUAAUUUCGUAUCUAGCCCUUAUCCUGAGCAUUCAAGAGCGGAAUCUGAGAGUGGAACUUCAACAGUAUCAGAAACACCAGAACCAAGAAGUGAAAUCGAUGUUAUUCCCAGAAAUAUGCUAGGUGACAUGAGUUUCACUUCUAACGAGGAGGAAAAGCAAGAUUAUCAGGAGGAAUUAUUGUUGGAUUUUCCCGAUGAUGAAAGGAGUUCUAUUUUCAAGAUACCUGCUACCAACAAUCCUGAGGAUAUUCGUCUAUUUGCAAAACUGUGUAGAAGAAACUACUUCAAAGGUGAACAUCAUAUUGAAGAAAUAAUGUAUCUGGAGAAUUUGCGGAGAAGCCAACUACUUCAACUUUUAGAUAAAUUUAGGGACGUAUUAUUAACAUAUGAAACCGAAGAUCCUGCCAUUGCUAUGUUUUCUUGUUCAUCAUGAUGGUCGUACAAAACUGCAGUUGAAAUUUUAUUGUGUGAUGUUCAAGUACUGAAUUAUCCUGAUGUUGUUCGAAAAAUUCGAGUACAUUGAUAAAUAAAUGGUUUUUAUACGA